UCUGGGAAGCUUAAACAGAGAGAGAGAGAGAGAGAGAGAGAGAGAGCUGAUAGAGAGAGAGAUAGUCUUUGGGUCCUUCAACUGCUGCAGAAGGUUUCUCGAAGAAAAAACAAACAAGUUUCUACGGCAGUUGAAAUAUAUAAAAGAUCCAUCAUCUCUUGUUUUCAUAACUUAUUUCACAAAGUUUGAAUCAAAUCACAUACUGUAUUUGUAGAAUGGCUCGUUCUUUCUCAAACGCCAAGGUUAUCUCUGGCCUGAUCAACGAGGCAAUCAACGGCAGAGGAUUCUCAGCUGUUGCAUCCCAAGGAGCUGCUGUGUCCAAGGCAAGAAGCGGUGCUGCUGUAAUGAAGAAAACAGGGGAGGAGGUUACCAAGACCACCGAGAAGAUUUCCUGGGUUCCAGAUCCUCGUACUGGAUUCUACAGACCAGAGAAUGUUGCUCAGGAAAUCGAUGCGGCUGAAUUACGUGCUGCCUUCUUGAAGAAGCAUUGAUGAAAUUACUAAUUCAUGCUAUCAAUAAAAUCUGAUUACUACUACAACAUGUUCUAUGAUAAAAGAAA